AGAGAACUAUGAGGUAAAACAUUGUUGGAGGAGAUUAAGUACAAUAUGACAGAAAAGACAUUUUUUAACAGAUAAACCAAUAGAUGAAAUGAGAUACAAUUAGAUAAUAGAGUCCAUUGUUUAGUGAGGAGGUAUGUCUUAAGCCUCCAUUUUAUGGCAGUCCUUGACUAGCUCUUUAGCAGUUAGAGGAAGUCCAUUCAGCCACGACAGAUAGCAGCAUUUAUAACAGCAUGACUUCCUCUCACCCUAAGAAAUGGUGGGUCCAAUCAAGCCAUGUUAGAUUCCUGGAGGGAGUGUGCUGCAGAGCAGGAUGUGAAAAGUGUCUUAUGGUAGAAGCUUGGGAAAGGAUAACGUCCAGCUAGUCACUGAGUGAUGGCUCCUCCAGGCAAACGUGCCCCUCGUAGAGAAGAUUUUGAGCUGGAGCUAGCUUGUGAGUGGGGUUCGUGCCAGGAGACGUUUGGUGGGAUGGAGGAGUUCUGCCAGCAUGUGGAAACUCAUUAUCAAGAUCUUGCUGCAGAGAGCGAGGACCCGGAUAUACCAGACGAGGUACAUAGCUGCCUGUGGCAGGACUGUGGCUUCUGCUCAGUGGAGUGUGAUGGAGAGUUGCUGAGGCACAUGCUCUUUCACUGCUACCACACCAAGCUGAAGCAGUGGGGAUCAGCUAUGCUCAAGGCUCAUCCGGACAUGGGCAACUGUUCAGUGGGUCUCCAAAAUCGCAACAUUGUGCCCGAGGUCCAGGAGAGCUUCCUCUGUCUGUGGGAGCACUGUGAGAUGAAUAUGGAUAAUCCUGAGUGGUUCUACAGGCAUGUAGAGAUGCAUGCACACUGCCUAGAAGUCAAUAAGGAGAACGUACUGUUCUGUGGCUGGAAAGACUGCGAGGCCUCGUUUAAGGGCCGGUUUAAAUUGCGUGAGCACAUGCGGAGUCACACUCAGGAGAAGCUGGUGGCGUGUCCAACCUGCGGUGGGAUGUUUGCCAACAACACCAAAUUCUUCGAUCACAUCCGACGACAGACCUCGAUAGAGGGACAAAGGUUUCAGUGCUCUCACUGCUCAAAGCGCUUUGCCACUGAGAGGCUGCUGAGAGACCACAUGAGGAAUCAUGUAAACCAUUAUAAGUGUCCACUGUGUGACAUGACCUGCCCCUCGCCAUCCUCCCUGAGGAACCACAUCAAAUUUCGCCACAGCAACGAGAAACCCUACAGCUGCGACUACUGUGAAUACAGCUGCAAGAACUUGAUAGAUUUGCGAAAGCAUCUGGAAACGCACAGCAGUGAACCGGCCUAUCACUGUGACUUUGCCGAUUGUGAUUACUCCACCCGCUCGCUGCACUCUAUCAAAAACCACUACAAACGUGUGCAUGAGGGAGAUUACACUCCACGUUAUAAGUGCCAUGUGUGUGAGCAGUGUUUUACCAGAGGGAAUAACCUCACGGCACACCUGCGCAAGAAACACCAGUUCAAAUGGCCUUCAGGGCAUCCCAGGUUCAGAUAUAAGGAGCACGAGGACGGUUUCAUGCGGCUGCAGCUGAUCCGCUACGAGAGCGUGGAAUUGACCGAGCAGCUCAUGCGGGAGCGUCAGGGAGAAGGAGACAGCAGUGAAUCUGUCCCUCAAACGCAAUGUCUUCAAUCCGUUGAAGAGUCAGGAGAAACUGAGCUCCCUGUAACCGCAGAUGAGAACACCAAGUUGAACACAAGAAGGGAUCGAGAAAGAGACUACAGAACGCAAGAAGAUCAAGGGAAUGUGUUUAUGGACCAUACAAGUGAAAUGGAUUCGAAUAGGGAAGAGACUGUGAUGCGACAAUUACAGGAUACAGCUAAGAAGCUGGGUAUGGAGGUGGUCUAACUCUAAGUCUUUUAUGACUUAUGCACUAGAACAAACUUGUUUUCUCCUCAGAACUGUGUGUGUGUGUGUGUGUGUGUGUGUGUGUGUGUGUGUGUGUGUGUGUGUGUGUGUGUGUGUGUGUGUGUGUGUGUGUGUGUGAUUGACUGAGUAAGUGUGUUAACAAGCUUACAUUUUUUAUUUGAUUUUAGCUCAGACAUGAGGCAGACGGGACAAUUCGUUUCUACCACAUUCAGCACACUGUACAGUUUUUCACAAUGGCUUUUGGUUUGAUAUUAAAGUGUCAGUUUGUAAAGUGUUUCUAGACCUACUUUAAACAUACUUUAAAAGGAUCUUAGUAUUCAUCAUAUUGUCUUGUAAUGAAGCUUUUGUUUGCAUUUCAAGUGUAGGCCGGUUGCCUGAAAAAACUGCUCCUUCAGUUGCAAGUAUACUACUGUGUAACUCCAAUAGCUCGUAUACAGCAAGGAGUGGUUACUAAUUUGAUUCUAGCGCUAUCUCUAACCAGUGAUGUGCGGAGAGAGAAAAAGAUUUCUUCUCUGGAGAACGCAGGGUGCUGACGUCAUUCUCCACACAAGGGUAGCUUUACACAAACAUCUGAGUCUUUAAUUAAACAGACAGAAAUCAGCCAACCAAAUCAAUUUGUCUGUUAAAAUAUAGGAUCGGAAUGAGGAUACUAUUAAAUUUGACCUAAACAAUGA